CGCCACUGUAGUCAUUUGGAAACAAGCAAAGCUAGCGAGAAAUCAAGCGAAGCGAUUUCAAGCGGUGUUUACAACUUCAAGCGAUUUGAAGCGAUUGUCUACAGAUUUCUAUUGAAGUUCUCAAGUGUUCAAGUUACCAAGCGCAUCAAGAUGUCUCUUCUACCAUAUUUCUUGGACGACUUCGGCUUCCGCCGCCCUCGCCACUUGAUGGAGCAGCACUUCGGUCUUGGUCUGACCCCGGACGAUCUUCUGAGCGUGGUGGCUGCGCCUGCGAUCACCAGAGAAUACUACCGGCCGUGGCGACACCUUGCAGCGGUCGCUCGUGACGUAGGAUCCAGCAUCAAGUCCGAAAAAGACAAGUUGCAGAUCACGUUGGACGUUCAGCAUUUCGCGCCGGAGGAGAUUUCUGUGAAGACUGCGGACGGGUACAUUGUGGUGGAAGGCAAACAUGAGGAGAAGAAGGAUGAACACGGGUACAUUUCUCGUUGUUUCACUCGGCGUUACGCGCUGCCCGAAGGAGCUGUACCGGAGACCGUAGAAUCCAAACUGUCUUCGGAUGGAGUGCUGACCAUCACGGCGCCGAAGAAGAUUCCAGACGCCAUCAAGGGCGAGAGAGCAGUUCCUAUCACCCAAACCGGCCCUGUCAGGAAAGAAAUCAAGGAUCAACAAACCAACGGAACCGAGCAGAAGGAAGAAAAGAAGUAAAUUAGUUCGCUCUAUUAAUUCCGUGAAGAAAAAUCUACCGGUUUUUGUUCAGGUGCUAUUGUAAGAUAAAGUUACUUUUGUAUUCGAAUUCCAAAGUUUUGGCAGUGCCAUUUCGAGACUGAUUUUUGUUGCUUAUUUUUAAA